GCCAUUGCGUGAAUUUAAAUCUAUGUGCCGGUCAUUAUAAACUUAAGUGCACACUUGUUCAGCAGCAAUAUGAAUAAUAAUUUUAGAAUGAACAAGCCAAAUCCGCGUUUCACAGCUCAGAGUCCUUAUCAACGUCCAGUUUCGGGAGGUGCUAUUGGACAAAAUAUGUAUAAUCUGUUCCAAGGAACUUCUACAAUGGACAGUGCCAUACGGUUUCCACCAAACAUAACGCCUUCUGAGCAAAUGCUGUCCCGGUACAACACUCCAGGUCACAGCAAGAGCCGUUACGGCUACCCGUAUUUCCAGGACUCGCCGUACUAUACCGAGCAGCACGCUUACUCGUACACGCCGCUUGUUGCUCGAGAGUAUAGCUCGUUCGAAGAUGUCGAUACUGGAUAUCGCUGUCAAUUUGAAGAUAUGACCUCAAACAAGCAGAAUUCUUAUAAACAACUGAAGCCAACUCCGGAUGCGUCAUUGCCAAAGAAGUCUGGCCACCGGGUUCGCUUCAACCUCUCAACAGACAAGACAAAGCAGAGUAAUGAUGCUUCCCCCAGUACCGUGAAGGGUACAGAGUCACCGAAAGCAUACAAGCGCUGGGAAGACGACUCGAAGCCACUGAGAGUGUUGGCAGGAUCAAUAGACAAGAUCAUUAAAUGGGAGAAGAUAAAGGAAUCAUCUCCAGUACUUUUUGAAGUCAUUGCGACCCUGGUGACGGUGCGCCCAGGCGGUUUCCGCUGCGAGCAGAUGUUGCUCCUCCGAGAUGAGGCCACCCCUGCACUGCAGUGCUUGUUCUACACGAUCGACCGUCCUCUGCCCCCCUUGGAGAAGGGGCAAUUGGUCAGAUGUGUGGGCGAGCUGCUCUCCAAGAACAAGUUGAGAGCAUACUCUGUGCGGGCUGCAAGUGUGGCAGAGAAGUCGGGACUCCAGAGACUCUCCUUCGCUUCUCAGCGUGCUGUAACAGCCCUGCAGUUGGCUAUUCCUGAGCCUUGAACCCACGGACACACGUCCUUUGUUGCGUUUGUCUUAUAAUUGCGUUUGCCUUUCAGCUAACUUCAAACACAGAUACAAAUGUCUGAGUUUACAUUUCUCAUUACAUUACUUAAUACUUGUACUUGUACUUUAGAGUUGGCAAUGGACCAUACUGUUUUGUUCAAAUGUUGUUUUCAGAAGUCAAUAUCUGACAUUAAUAUAAUAUGUAAGUAGGUCACUUGCCUUUGUAACAGUUAAACUUAUAACAUUACUUGUGCGAAAUAAAAUAUUUCUCCUUCCUCUGGGA